AUGGGUUUAUUUGGUGCUGACGUUGCAAUGUCCGCAGCACUCACGGCAACGGCGCUCCCCGCAGUAACAGAGGCAUCCACUGCCGCCAGCACUUCACAGCUCCUGGAUACACCAGUCGUCCCGGGUGAAACAACACCCCCCAAUACCAAUGCCAAUUCUGCAUUGGAUGACUUUCUGGCAAUGCAUGCGGGGACAUUCUCCGAGCAGAUGUUUCCCUCUUGGGACUUUCAAUUUGAUUGGCAGCUUGAUACAACUGGGCACAGUUAUCUCGCCUUCAAUGGCCCGGAUAAUGGGAUGAUGUCGGGUGAUGAUGCUUCGCGCUGGUAG